AUGGGUCGCUAUGUUUAUACCGAAAAAGGCGUUAUUGAUGCUGUAUUCGAUAUUACUAACGGUCCUCUAUCCCAGUACCAGACCUCCGAGAAAUAUGGAGUGGCUCAACCGGUACUCUCGAAAAGACUUUCGGGCCAGAAGAGCAGGAAAGAGUCUACACACACUCACCAACAGCUUUCCCCCAGUCAGGAUAAGUUGUUGAGCUUCCUAGAUGUUCCCGGCGGAUUGACAGCUAAAAAGGCAAACGAAAUGCGAACAGCCGUCACGCUCACUGAAUCUAGAGUAGAUUAUCGUGGCCGGUCGUUUCUUUUCCUGCCUUCGUCCCAUCGUAUUGCAAGAUAUCAAUUUCGGCAGAACGGACUAUUACUCCCAUUCGGGGCUUCACGCCGUGAAUUCCAACAACCAAAUCCAACAUUCUUUCAGACUACCGACAGCUGGCCGAUGUAUGAUAAUGCCGACCCUCUGAACGGCUGGUCUCUUAAGGAAGUUGAGACAACUUUUACCGGACUUGCAACGUCUGACAUAUAUGGAAAGCUCUAUUAUCGUAUCAGGGUUACGCUAAAGGCAUUUCUAGAGCGUAUUUCUAGCUUAAGCGUGGCGUUCGAACUACUUCAAGUUGAUGCGUCCAACCUUCCUGGUCACCUGGAGAAUCGGGUUUUUGAUCGGAUAGAGGUCUCCAAUAUUUCGGAUGGUGGAUAUCUUGGUAUCCAUCAAACCGUUGGCAUAAUGUCGCCAUUGCUUCAGGCUCCUGACAUCAACCCUCACGCGACUCUUAUCACGUUAUUAAUGAACGUUGUGGAUGAGAACAUGACCGACCAGGAUCAAAUUGCGGAUGCUACUAUGCAUAGCCCAUCAACGAAGCGCCUGCUCAAAUUCCUCCCUCCUAAUCACCCACCAACUAGUCGCUAUGACCCCGAUAUAAUUAAGUUCUCAUAUGCUCGUGACUUCGUUAGGACUUACGACCAAAUCUUUAAGAGGUGA